AUGAUGUCUGCUGCUACUACAUGGGAGGCUAUUGCGUCUCGUCAUCGAGAUAAGCAACAGCAGGCUAUUCCGCAAGAUUGGAUUAUUCCACAUUCGAAGCUGAAGGAAUUAAACGGCACCGGAACAGCCAAUGAAGGACGACUGGUUUCCCUGGAAGCAGCAAGGAAGUCUGCCCUGCUUACUGAGAAAGAGCUCAAGAUCACGGAGAGUAAUAAUGCAAGGAAAUUACUCGAAAGAAUUCACACAGGAGAGCUCUCGUCUGAGGAAGUAACAGUGGCGUUUUGCAAGCGUGCUGCCCUUGCUCAGCAACUUACUUCCUGCUUGACCGAGAUAUUCUUCGAUGAGGGCAUAGCGAGGGCUCGGAAACUUGACCAACAUCUGAAAGCUACUGGCAAGCCGAUCGGUCCGCUGCAUGGUCUACCUAUUAGUCUCAAGGACUCAUUCGUGGUAAAAGGUCAUUACGCGACAGUCGGUUAUGUUGAAUUUCUCAAGCGACCGCCGCCUACCACCAACUCGGCCAUGGUGGAUCUCUUGCUGGAUGCUGGAGCAGUCUUGUUCUGCAAAACCAACGUUCCUCAAACAAUGAUGACGGCCGAUUCGGAAAACAACAUCUUCGGGAGAACACUCAACCCGCGCAAGACUUCCUUGACUGCUGGCGGUUCGACGGGAGGAGAGGGAGCCCUCGUGGCAUUCCGAGGCUCGGUGUUAGGCGUGGGGACUGACAUUGCAGGCUCUGUCAGAAUCCCAUCUCUCUGCUGCGGAGUCUACGGUUUCAAACCCACAGCUGACCGGAUCCCAUUCGCUGGCAAGGUGUAUUAUCCAUUUCCCAAGCUACGGAUCCCUGGAAUAUCACCAGCUAUCGGGCCAAUUGCCAACUCAGUCGACGACCUCGUCUUGCUGAUGGAAACGACACUCGCACAACGCCCUUGGGAGUAUGACGCAUCUGCGAUUGAUACACCAUGGAGAAUUCUGGAUGAUGCCAACAAGGCCCUUACCAUUGGCGUCCUUCCCGAAGAUCCCAAUUACCCGUUACAUCCUCCUGUUCGCCGCGCCCUUGACGAAGCAGUCUCUUCACUCGAAGCUGCAGGACACAAUGUUGUUCGCCUUCCGCUGGACCCUUGUUGCGGUGCCAGUUUGGGGGGUAAGCUAGCUUUUACUUAUUACGGCCUGAGUUUCUCUGGUCUAGAUGCCUUGGAGAGCGAGAUUGGAGAGCCACUCAUUACUUCAGUCAGGGCAAAUGUGCAUCCAUUCGGAAACGAGGGACCUCUCGUCUCGCCGGAAUUGGACACAGCACACCGGUUGAGUGAAUUCCUCAACCUUCGCGAUGGUUACGCCGACGAUUGGCGAAAGACUUGGCGGACGUAUAAGCUCGAUGUUGUUCUCGGGCCUGGAGCAACAAGCACCGCUGUGCCCCACGAUACUUACGGCGUUCCUGUGUACACCGCGAUGUGGAACGUGUUAGACUAUCCCGCCGGUAUCAUACCGUAUGGCUUCGCUUCGAAAGACAAGGACCCUCAAUACCAGAAGGCAACUGCGCAAUUUGAAGCAGACUACGAUCCCGAAGCGUGUGAUGGAGCACCAUGUGCCAUUCAAGUAGUGGCCCCUCGAUUCCGGGAUGAGGAGUGUUUGCAAGCGAUGCGGAUUAUCGACAGAGACAUUCAGCGAUAG